GCUGCCUUCAGCCUUCCAACAUCCAUAUCAAAAACAAGAGAACAAACCAUACGAGGAUUACACUCGCCACAUCCCCUCGUUCCACUACCAAACUCUCCUCUCUCUUCAUAAAGGGAACAGACAGCCACCUCGACUAACUUCUCUCUCUCACACACAUAAAACACCUGUCACAAUGCCUCCCAUCCGCAGCUCCAGGACCCGCAAGCCCCCUCCAGAUGGCUUUGACGAUAUCGAGGACACGCUGCUCGAGUUCAGCAAUAAGAUGAAGGAUGCAGAAAAUGCCUCGCAUGAGGGUAAGAAGAGACAUGAAGUCCUCUGGCCGAUAUUUCAGAUUAGCCAUGCACGAUCCCGCUACAUCUACGACCUCUACUACGAAAAAGAAGCCAUCUCCAAACAGCUGUAUGACUGGCUGCUGAAAAUAACUACGCGGACGCCUUGCUUAUUGCAAAAUGGAAGAAGCAGGGUUAUGAAAAGCUCUGCUGCCUCCGCUGCAUCCAGACCAAAGAAACAAAUUUCAACGCCACGUGCAUCUGCCGCGUGCCGAAAGCCCAGCUCAAAGAAGACCAGAGCAUCCAGUGCGUCAGCUGUGGUUGUCGCGGUUGCAGCAGUAGCGAUUAGGGUAGCGGGGAAUGGGGUGGGCAUAAUGUGUAAUGCGGAGUUUUGGGCUCUUUGGGUGUUCUUCUUCCUUUAACGGAUACGCGAGCAAUCCGGUAUACAUAUAUAUACAUGCAUGGGGCCGCUGUUAGAUCACUUGCAGUUAGUUGCGUUUCCGACCGUCCCGCCCCCACCCCCUCGUCUCCUAAACCUAGCUAGCCCCCUAUGUGAAGCGGGUAGUGUGUCUCUUCCCCAGCCGUCGGAUCCGGCCCCUCGAUUUUUUCCCUCCUCCCGUUCGACGUGGGGUUGCUACGGAAAUGAACCAGUCUACCUAUGAUGAAAGGUAUUGCUACGGGGAUUAUACAGAAGUGGGAAACAAUCUUAAGCAUCCCAACCUCGCGGAAUGCCACAUGCGAUGCCGAAAGCCUGGUUGUUGGCUCUUUUUGUUCCCCUGUUUUCAUUUUCCUUGGGUAUAUCGCUAGGCAACAUUAGGGGAGAGGAUUUUGUUUUUAGAACGGACAUGGGGACACGUCUCAUGAGGGUAAUUUUUUAUUUAUUUUGGGAUAGGGAUAGGAUAGGGGAUGGGAUGGCGGAGCGCCGCUUGUGAGGACGCCCGGGAUGAGUUUUUUUUUCUUUAAGGAGAGUGGGGGAACAAUUACCAACGAGCAUGCAGAGGGCGGUCGUACAAAAUCCAAAACCCAAGCUCGGGAUGAACUACGAAUCGCGUUGGUUGAAUAAAACCCUUCCCCUCCCCCUGUCCAGCGCCAGGGGAGGGAGACAGAGAGGGAAAGGGAAGACAAGCAAGCAAGACAGUGUCAAUACAGGCAGACAGAGAUAUUUGAGAAGAGUGAUUUUAUUUUUAUUUAUUUUGAAUUUCAUUUUUCAUUUUUCAUUAUUCAUGAUCUGAAUAUUUUUUAUUCAUAUUUCUUUGAUCAUUUUAUUUUCUUAUGAGUUCUGCU